UGGACAAGGAAGGCGUAGAGGUUGUACAAAGAAAGCCGUUGGUGAUAAGGCCUUUUGGUACUGGUAGAAGUCACUAGAACAAGAGGUUUGCGGUGAGACCAUGUCAGGAAGGUACAGGGAUAGUGGCCCUUUGGAUUGUAAGGUCUAUGUUGGUGAUCUUGGAAAUAAUGGUACGAAACAUGAAUUAGAAGAAGCUUUUGGUUAUUAUGGUCCAUUGCGAAAUGUAUGGGUAGCAAGAAACCCUGCUGGAUUUGCUUUUGUAGAAUUUGAAGAUCCGAGAGAUGCAAGAGAUGCUGUUCGAGCCUUGGAUGGAAGAUCACUUUGUGGACGACGUGUAAGAGUAGAGAUGUCUAGUGGUAAGUCCAGGCACACCCAGUAUAGGGGACCACCAUCAAGACCUUUCAAUCCUGAGGAUCGUUGCUAUGAUUGUGGAGAAAGAGGACAUUAUGCUAGAGAUUGUCGUAAAGUGAGCAGGCGAUACAGGUCCAGGUCUAGGUCACAUCGAUCACGUACUCGAAGCCGCUCACGUGGCCGUUCUGCUAGCCGCAGUCUAUCUAGGUCUCGCAGCAGGAGCCCAGUGGCCAAGGCCAGUAGAAGUCGUAGUGGUAGCAGAGAACGUAGUGUGUCUCGAAGCAGAUCUGGCUCACGCAGCCGGUGAGUCCAUAGUGAACCGUGGAUCACAGGUCAAACAGGGGUAAAAAGAAAGAGCCAUCAGACAGAUCAGCUUCCAAAUCCCCUGUCAAUGACAGUUCUGACAAGUAGUUUGACGUUUGCAUCAGCCUUUUAACUUUUCACAUUCACCUGACUCAACAUAGAAAAUCUAGGUUUGUGGUUACUCUUACGAUUUAAUAGUGGCAUUUCAAUGACAUAAUUCUGAUAAGUAAUUUUAACUUAGUAAUUGGCUGAACAUCACAAAGAAAUUACAUGCUUUAUUCAACAUUAACUUUUUUUUUUAAUCACCAACCUAUGUUUUCUGUGUUUUUGUGUUUUAUGUCAUAGUUUGUGUCUUCUGUUUCAUUCUAACAUGUGGAGAAUUAUCUGGUAAGUAAAUGGAUAAUAACUGCUUAAUAUCAUUUGUUCAUUGUAAGUUUAUAAAAAGAAGUUAAUUUGGAUCUCAGAUGUAUUUUGAAAAUUAAAAUUAAAUUGAAUUUUGUUUUGUUUUGCAUAAAUAAAAGAAUGGAAUAACAAAUAAUUGUACUUCUGACAUUAUAAAUUUGACUGUUUGUGUAAGGAAGAUGCAUUCAUUGUGUGCAGAGUCAUGUCACAUUUGCUUUUGAAGUUCAGAAUUUGUGGUAUAAGAACAACCUAAAAAUAAAUGUUGCAUGUAGCCUAGUAUCUCUAUACUUGCUUUACAUUUGUAUUCAUAAUGUCAGUAAGAUAAUACAUUCAGCUUUAUUACUUGUCAAAUCAGACAAAAUCAUUUUUUCUCGCAACUCACUAUGUAUCAUUUGUUUUGGUGUACUCUGAAUCCAAAUAAAUUUGUUUUUGUAAGAAA